AUGCUCUGGGGAAGGUGGGUGACUGAUGUCUCUCCAGUUGUGGCAGGCCUCAUCGGUGCUACCGUCCUGGUGGUUUCUGUCUCAGUAACAGUUUUUGUGUGGACAUGCUGUCACCAGCAAGCAGAAAAGAAGCACAAAACCCCACCAUAUAAAUUCAUCCACAUGUUGAAAGGCAUCAGCAUCUACCCGGAGACCUUGAGUAACAAGAAGAAAAUCAACCGAAUCCGGAGAGACAAGAAUGGUUCUCCUAAGGAGCCUGGAAGGGGAAACCUCUCGGUGGAUGCUGCUGAAUCUGGUUUAAUAGGCUCUGAUAAGGCUCCAGAUGGGCCAAAUGCGGCUCCCCACAUUGACCAGCUCCCAAUCAAAGUAAAUUAUGGAGAUGAACUAAGUCCAGAUCAAAGCCUCACUCCAGGAGGAAGUAAAACCUCUUCCCCCUCUUCUCCAGGGGAUGACGUCAUGUUGGGUGAACUGACUUUCUCAGUGGACUACAACUUCCCUAAAAAAGCACUGGUAGUUACCAUUCAGGAGGCUCACGGGCUGCCAGUGAUGGAUGAGCACACUCAGAGCUCUGACCCUUAUAUCAAGAUGACAAUUCUUCCAGAUAAAAGGCAUCGAGUGAAGACUCGUGUACUUCGCAAGACACUAGACCCAGUCUUUGAUGAAACCUUCACCUUCUACGGGAUCCCGUACAGCCAGCUCCAGGAUUUGGUGCUUCACUUCCUUGUGUUGAGCUUCGAUCGUUUUUCUCGAGAUGAUGUCAUUGGAGAGGUCAUGGUGCCCCUUGCAGGGGUGGAUCCAAGCACUGGGAAGGUUCAGCUGACCAGGGAGAUCCUCAAAAGGAACAUACAGAAAUGCAUCAGCAGAGGGGAGCUUCAGGUCUCCUUGUCGUACCAGCCCGUGGCACAGAGAAUGACUGUUGUGGUGCUGAAAGCCAGACAUUUGCCAAAGAUGGAUAUCACUGGCCUCUCAGAUCCCUACGUGAAGGUGAAUGUUUACUACGGCAGAAAGCGCAUCGCCAAAAAGAAGACUCACGUGAAGAAGUGCACUUUGAACCCCGUCUUCAAUGAAUCCUUCAUUUAUGAUAUCCCAGUGGAUCUUCUGCCUGACAUCAGCAUCGAGUUCCUGGUGAUUGAUUUCGACCGGACCACAAAGAACGAGGUGGUGGGGCGGCUGAUCCUGGGCGCGCACAGCGUGACAGCUGCGGGGGUUGAGCACUGGAGGGAGGUGUGUGACAGCCCGAGGAAACCUGUUGCCAAAUGGCACAGCCUGAGUGAAUAUUAGCAGGGGGUGCAGCAGCCACAGCCAACUCAUAGACCAGACUUCAGCCUUGUUUUAGCUGUAGAUCUAACCUUUCGUGAGAAGCAGCAGUUGAUUGGUUCUCUAGUGAUGUGAUUUUUUGCAGGGCACUGAAAUUCUAAAAAGCAUUAAAUGGAAUA